UUUAUUUUCAAAUUUGAUAAUUAAUGAUUUUUUUAAACAUUUGAGUGAAAUAAAAUUACGAUUUGAAAAUGAAAAUAAGGAAUUGGAUUUUUCGAACUGAUAGCUAUGAUAUCAAUAAAGAAUUGAAAAGAAGUAAACGAGAAAAUGAUCUCAACCGAGUUAAUGAUGAAGGAAGUCGAUUUCUGCAGUACAUCGCUGGCAUUUGUGCCUGCGUGUCGAUGGCAACGUGGGGAUCCUACGGAGCUUGGCCAUCACCAGCUAUACCUUACCUGACCAGCAACAGUUCAGCAUUUCUAGUGACGGCAAAACAAGGAAGCUUGAUAAUAUCACUAUACAAUCUUGGAGACCUUCUUGGAGGAUUGAUAAAUCCGUUAUUCAUCGAUCGCAUAGGCCGGAAGUACACCUUAUUACUUUUUUCCCUACCAGGAUUGAUCGGCUGGAUCCUAAUCAUCCUCGCAAACAACUAUGUUUAUCUCUACAUUGCGAGAUUUAUUGCCGGAGUUGGUCAUGGCGGUACUUUCAAUUCUCUUGUAAUGUAUUUGACUGAGAUUGCUGAAAAGAGCAUCAGAGGUAUUCUAGUUAACAUGAUGCACAUAUCACUGAACGCAGGAGUUCAAGUAAUAAUCCUUCAUGGAAUUGAAUUACUGGCAUGUUUUGGAACUCACGUAAUGAUAGAAAGACUUAAUAGAAGAACACUUUUUUUGUCUACUGGGUUAUUAGCCUCCCUCUGCUUAGGAAGUGUUGGAAUAUUUUUCUUUAUGGAAUUGUACCUUGAGGCUGAUGUCUCAUCUAUCAGUUUUCUGCCACUUGUGGCUUUGGUUUGUUUUCAAAUAGUGUAUCAGUUUGGAAUAGGUACUAUUCCCUAUAUUGUUCAAGGUGAACUUUUUCCGAUAAAUGUAAAAGGAAACGCUGUUGCCUGUGGGAUGGUUAUGGGAUCAUGCUUUGCCCUUGGGACUACAGCAAGUUACAAUGCUUUAAGCAACGCUGCUGGUAUCUACACGAGUUUUUUCUUUUUUGCAACAACAGCACUUUUCGGAUCUGUGAUCACAUUUUGGAUUAUGCCUGAAACUAAAGGAAGGUCGUUGGAGGAAAUUCAGGCAAUGCAGAAUCCAAAACUGAAGGAGAAACUAGACUCAGAACGUAACAAUAACAAAUCUUUGAAUCUAUAA